CACCUCACACGUUGUUUGGUGGGACAUAAAACUGAGACACAUUCACCAGACAGUAUCAGAGAAUAUCACCUGUCAGCAGGACUUACAUUGGCUACACAACGAUGUCAGYGUUGUACAUCUUUCUCUUCCUUUCUCUCCUGUAUCAUCAUGUUUUACUCGCGUCUGUAACACCGAUAAGAGUCUCAACACAACAAGGUGAUGUACUUGGGAAAGAAGAGGCUGUUCAAUUACACAAUGGACAAACGAAGACCGUGUACAAGUUCUUGGGUAUUCCAUAUGCUCAAAAGCCAACAGGAUGUCUUCGUUUCAAAGUCCCACUACCUCUUAUGAACAAAAGGCCAAACGACUAUGACGCCACAUACUACCGACCAAUAUGUUUCCAAAUAUUGGAUAAUAAAGCUUACCUUGAUUCAAUGAAAUUGGCCUGGYCUGGGUUUAACGUUAGUGAAAAUAUGAGCGAAGAUUGUCUUUUUCUGAACAUCUAUACUCCAAGUACGAAGUGCACGAGGAAAUAUCCAGUGAUGGUCCAUAUUCAUGGAGGAAGCUAUUUUUCAGGCACCCCUAUUCGUGAUAUAUCCCCAGGCGAGUAUCUUCCAACACAAGGUGUUGUUCUUGUUACCAUCCAGUACAGACUCGGAGCGUUUGGGUUCUUUAGCACGGGGGACUCAGAAGCACCGGGGAAUUUGGGUCUACUCGACCAAAUAGAGGCCCUUAAAUGGAUUCGAGACAAUAUUGAUGGUUUUUGUGGAAAUAAAAGUAGCGUCACUCUCCUUGGUGAAAGCGCAGGAGGAUCGAGUGUCUCAUUACAUUAUUUAUCAUCUCUGUCCAAGAAUCUGUUCCAUCGUGGAAUAGCUGUCAGCGGCGUUGCCUUAACUCCUUUUGCCUCCAAACCAAAAGCUAGUGUUUUAAAAGCCAGCAAGACUUUUAUUAAAGGUUUAGGCUGCGAAAGACAAAACUCACAAUUAACCCUCCAUUGCUUACGAAACUCAUCCAGAAGCGAUAUCAUUAAAAUCAACAAAGAUCCAAAUAGUAUACAGCCAUUCGUUGACAAUUACUUCCUACUAGAUGAACCUAGAAAGUUAUUGGAAAAAGGGGAAUUCCAUAAGCUUCCACUGAUGUCGGGUUUUGUCAGCAACGAAGGAACAAAUAUGUUCACUGCUAAACCGAAUAUAAACAAUAUUGCCGACUACAGAAACAACAUGGAUAAAAGGCUUUUUACCCCGGCUAUCUUAAAUUUUUCCAAGCAGGAGGCGCCUAUUGCUUUUGACGCUCUUGCGUCCCAGUACACGCCUUGGGAUGACUUGGAAAGUUCUGAAGCAUAUGAAAAGAAUUACAUAGAUAUGUUAAGUGACUACAUGGUUAUUGCGCCAACCCAUGAUGUCUUAUCCUUCCAUAGUCAUCAUCGUUCUACAACUUACAUGUUUGAGUUCGCCCAUCGCUCUCGUAAACUUACAAGAGAACCAUGGAAGGGAGUGACGCAUGAAGAUACAACUGCCUACAAGUUUGGUUUACCGUUACUAAAAUCACCCAAAACGAACCUGCGCUUUGAUGAUGAUGACAGAGCUGUCAGUAWGAAGAUGGUGACUCUAUUCACAAAUUUCGCUAAAUCUGGUAACCCUAAUAGUCCUAGCCCCGUAAAGGGAGUGGAGUGGGAUGCUUUCGAAACAUGCAACAAAACUUUCCUGAAAUUCCAGAAAACCCCUGCCAUGACCAGCAAGUACUAUCCAAUAAGAAUGRCGUUCUUGAACCACUACUUUCGGAAACUAUUUCCACGUACGAAAAGUAAAUCCUGGCAUGAUCAAUGCAAGAAUAGCGAAACUGCUAGACCAGUACAAUCACCUAAAGAUGACUCAAACCCCRCUACUUUUGUGCGUGGAGCUCCGAACCCUGAAAUAGUACUUUGGUGAGAAAGUGUGAGCUUCCACUUUCUCUCACGUUGGAUACCAACUGCUCACCGGAAAAGAAAAAAAAAAUUACUAAGUCUAUACACCAAAUGGCAAAAUGGCAACCAAUUUGCAUAGCUAUGUCCUGGACUGAGUAGUCUACAAUACAUGUGAAAACGAUGCUAGUCAGUCCAGGACAAUAAUUAUUCACAAUGGUAUCCCAAUCUAAAUAAAAUAAAAUAAUUUAAAUUAAACUUAGAAGCCGUUAUCAAAAAGCGCUAAAAGGGGAUUGGGCUUUUGGGUAAUCWAAAGAAAUAACAGUGUAACUUCGGGCAUUCCACAGGAAGCCCGUUUAAUAAAUUGCUUGUGAAAAACACAUAAUAAAGGAUGAAUAUCGGUAAUGACAAAA